CGCGGGGAGCCUGCGGGUCGGACCGCGGUGACCGCGGCCAUGGAGCGUGGCGCCCAGGGCCGCACGGCCAGCGCGCUCUUCGCGGGCUUCCGGGCCUUGGGGCUGUUCAGCAGCGACAUAGCGCACGUGGUGCGGUUCAACUCCCUGAAGCGCCGUUUCUACGUGACGACCUGCGUGGGCAAGAGCUUCCACACGUACGACGUCCAGAAACUCAAACUGGUUGCCGUGAGCAACUCUGUCCCGCAGGACAUCUGCUGUCUGGCGGCUGACGAGAGGCUGGUGUUUGCGGCCUACGGGAAUGUGUUCUCUGCGUUUGCCCGUAAUAAAGAGAUAGUACAUACCUUUAAGGGUCAUAAGGCAGAAAUCCAUCUUUUGCAACCCUUUGGAGAUCACAUUAUCUCGGUCGAUACUGACAGCGUUCUUAUUAUUUGGCAUAUAUAUUCAGAAGAAGAAUACUUGCAAUUGACUUUUGAUAACUCAGUAUUUAAAAUUUCUGCAAUAUUGCAUCCAAGUACCUACUUAAAUAAAAUACUUCUGGGCAGUGAACAAGGCAGCCUUCAGCUGUGGAAUGUAAAAUCAAAUAAACUUCUGUAUACAUUUCCAGGAUGGAAAGUUGGAGUGACAGCUCUUCAGCAGGCACCAGCUGUGGAUGUUAUUGCAAUUGGUCUUAUGUCGGGUCAGGUUAUCAUUCACAACAUUAAGUUUGAUGAAACAUUGAUGAAGUUUCGUCAGGACUGGGGACCCAUCACUUCAAUUUCAUUCCGCACAGAUGGUCAUCCAGUGAUGGCAGCUGGAAGCCCAUGUGGCCAUAUUGGACUGUGGGAUCUAGAAGACAAAAAACUUAUCAAUCAAAUGAGGAAUGCGCAUUCUACAGCGAUUGCUGGCCUGACGUUUCUUCAUAGAGAGCCACUGUUGAUUACAAAUGGUGCUGACAAUGCUCUCAGGAUAUGGAUAUUUGAUGGUCCUACAGGUGAGGGCCGACUUUUGAAAUUCAGAAUGGGACACAGUGCUCCUAUUACUAAGAUUAGAUAUUAUGGACAAAACGGACAACAAAUUCUAAGUGCAAGUCAAGAUGGAACUCUUCAGUCAUUUUCCACAGUACAUGAAAAAUUCAACAAGAGCUUGGGACAUGGGUUAAUAAAUAAAAAGAGAGUCAAACGUAAAGGACUUCAGAAUACCAUGUCAGUGAGGCUUCCACCCAUCACAAAGUUUGCAGCUGAGGAAGCCCGUGAAAGUGAUUGGGAUGGUAUCAUAGCUUGCCAUCAAGGUAGGCUAUCUUGCUCAACCUGGAAUUAUCAAAGAUCUACAAUAGGUGCUUACUUUCUCAAGCCAAAAGAGUUGAAGAAAAAUGACAUUACUGCAACAGCAGUGGAUAUCACUUCCUGCGGAAACUUUGCCGUGAUUGGUCUGUCAUCAGGAGCUGUCGAUGUGUACAACAUGCAGUCUGGUUUACAUCGAGGUAGUUUUGGCAAGGACCAAGCUCACGAGGGAUCUGUUAGAGGCAUUGCGGUGGAUGGGCUAAACCAGUUGACAGUAACAGCUGGCAGUGAAGGAUUACUCAAAUUCUGGAACUUUAAAAAUAAAAAUUUAAUCCAUUCUGUGAACCUUGACUCAUCUCCAAAUAUGAUGCUACUACAUAGGGACAGUGGUAUUCUUGGUCUCGCAUUGGAUGACUUCUCCAUCAGCGUGCUGGACAUAGAAACCAGGAAGCUGGUCAGAGAGUUUGCUGGACACCAAGGUCAAAUCAAUGACAUGGCUUUCAGUCCUGAUGGCCGUUGGUUAAUAACUGCUUCCAUGGAUUGUUCUAUCCGGACUUGGGAUCUUCCAUCUGGAUGCCUUAUAGACUGCUUUUUGUUGGACUCUGCUCCACUCAAUGUUACUAUGUCUCCGACUGGAGACUUCCUAGCAACUUCCCAUGUGGACCAUCUUGGAAUUUAUCUGUGGUCCAAUAUUUCUCUGUAUUCAGUUGUUUCGUUACGGCCACUUCCUAGUGAUUAUAUUCCUUCAGUAGUGAUGCUUCCUGGUACUUGUCAAACCCAAGAUUUGGAAGUAUCAGAAGAAACGAUAGAAGCAAGUGAUGAAAUGAUAGAGUAUGAGUCACCUGAGCAGUUGAAUGAGCAGCUGGUGACAUUAUCACUUCUCCCUGAGUCACGCUGGAAAAACCUUCUGAAUCUUGAUAUUAUUAAGAAAAAGAACAAACCUACGGAACCACCCAAAGUACCCACAUCAGCACCAUUUUUUAUUCCAACAGUUCCUGGCCUUGUACCCAAAUAUGCUGCACUUGAGCAAAGUCAUGAUACCCAGCAGUCCAAAGUGGUGAAUCUUGGAGUUUUGGCUCAAAAAUCAGAUUUCUGCUUGAAACUUGAAGAAGGACUGGCAAAUAGCAAAUAUGACGCUGCUAUCAACCUUUUGAAAGAAAUGGGCCCGUCAGGAAUCGAGACAGAGCUGCGGAGCUUAUCUGUAGAUGGUGGUGGGUCUGUAGAAGUUAUGCAGAGCUUCUUAAAGAUGAUCGGAGUCAUGUUGGACAGAAAGCGUGACUUUGAGUUAGCCCAGGCAUACCUUGCAUUGUUUCUAAAGUUACACCUUAAAAUACUUCCUUCAGAGCCACUGCUGCUAGAAGAAAUGACAAGGUUGUCUUCACAAGUGGAAGAAAAUUGGAUUCAUUUGCAGUCACUCUUCAAUCAAAGCAUGUGUGUUUUAAAUUAUAUCAAAAGUGCUUUGUUAUAAAAAGAAACUUAAAUAAGGAUGCAAAUCAAAAUAUAUUAAAUGGUUUCAUUUUAA